AUGCAGAGGCUACACAACAAUAAGGCGUGCGGAGAGGACGAUAUUCCCGUAGAAAUCGAAACCCUGGCUCCUCGGCGUCAUAAGGUGAUUAUGCAGGCGUGGCGAGAAGAGGCCGUUCACGAUGACUGGGGCUCUGGCAUUCUUGUAGCAGUCCGCAAGAAGAAAGAUAUGAAAAAACGCGAGAAUUACGAGGGCAUAAGUCUUAUCGAUGUUGCUGCAACGAUUUUCGCUACUGUUCUUCUCAGGCGCUUCCAGUUUGCACUUGACUCCAGAAAGUGGUCCAACCAAACCAGACUCCACGCUGGGCGUGGAUGUGCGGACCAAAUAUUUAUGCUGAGAUGCAUUCUAGAAUUCCGCCAUAGCUAA